UGCUUCCUAUUUGCUAGACAUCUCUCGCCUCCCACGGCUAUAAAUACGAUGUGUAAAUACAGUGCGAGGAUUGUGCGCGCGCGUGUGCGUGUGAGCCACAGGAAGCGAGGGUCGGCACGGGUGUCGAGCAGGUGGUUGUUUCUGCUAGUGUCACUGUGAGACACGGCUUUGAGAUGUGGUUAAAGGGGAUGACACAAAUUCGAUUUUGGUCACAAUAAAAGGAUGCUUUUGAUGCUUAUUGUGACACAAGCAUCGGGUCUGAACGGCGGCUCGUAGUGGCCCAGUAGCUGUUCAGCUCUGACUCACCGAGGGACGGUUGUCACUGAGAAUUUCGACGUUAAAGGGCAGGGAAAUCCAGUAACGUCUUUGAAAUCAGUCACAUUUAAGACACUGAUGACUUUCAGAUGAAUUCUUAGCUUUUCUGAAGCGCAUGGCUGCACAUGUUCAGACUGGAGCACAUGGAGUAGCGGUGUAAUAAAAAGGAGGAGGAAGUGGUGGAUUGGUUCCUGAUCGUUUGUGAGAGUUCACAAAAAAAACAGCCUCCAGAACAAAGAAAGGAAAUCUCAUUUUCAUGAAAAUACAAGAAAAGCGAGCGUGGAGCGGAAGGACCUGGCUGCUGUUGGAGAAGGCAGCACUAUGAACGCCUCAGAGGACAACAUAACCAAUUAUGUGGACAUAUAUGAUUAUGAACCAGACUGCAAUCAGGAAUCCAGAUUCGUCGUCCUGCCGGUUUUCUACUACGUGCUGUUCUGUCUAGGUCUGAUAGGUAACACCACCGUUCUCUGGGUUCUCCUGCGGUACAUCAAGCUGAGAACGAUGACGGACGUGUGCCUCCUGAACCUGGUCGUGUCGGACUUCAUGGUGGCCGUUUCGCUUCCGCUGUGGGUCAUCGACUCCCAGAACCUGGCGUCGUGCAAACUAAUAGCAGGCGUCUAUCAGUUGGGGUUCUACAGUGGAACUCUGUUCGUGACCCUCAUGAGCGUGGACCGGUACCUGGCCAUCGUCCACGCGGUGGCGGCCAUGCGGACCCGGACGCGUCGCUAUGGGAUCAUAGUCAGCUUGACCAUCUGGGUGGUGUCGAUCGUGCUGGCCACGCCUCAGGUGGUCUUCGCCUCCCUGGAGCUGGACAACGAGAACGACAGCUCCGAGUGCCACCCGGUGUAUCCAGAGGAGAGCCAGAAGUUCUGGAAGUUGCGGAGGAACUUCACAGAGAACAGCGUGGGCCUGUUCGUGUGCCUCCCCAUCAUGGUCUUCUGCUACACGAAGAUCCUCGUCGUGCUGGCAAAGUCCAGGAACUCGAAGAAGGACAAGGCCGUGAGGCUGAUCUUCACGGUGGUGUGCGUGUUCGUGGUGUGCUGGGUCCCCUACAACGUCACGGUGCUCCUGGACACGCUGGAGCUGGUGGAGGUCCUGAGCGGCUGCGAGGCGUCCACCGCCGUCGGCAUCGCCAUGGGCUUCACCGAGAUGGUGGCGCUGUCCCACUGCUGCGUGAACCCGGUCAUCUACGCGUUCAUCGGCGAGAAGUUCAGGAAGUCUCUGGGCAAAGUGCUGAGGAAAUGCCUGCACCACAGCCAGCAGGGCCGAUGGGCCUCCAGCUACAGAGACACCACAGACAGAGAGACGUCCAACACGCCUGUGAAGUCUGAUUAUUAAAGAGCGUGUGUGUGUGUGUGUGUGUGUGUGUGUGUGUGUGUGUGUGUGUGUGUGUGUGUGUGUGUGUGUGUGUGCGUGUGUGUGUGUGUGUGUGUGUGUGUGUGUGUGUGUGUGUGUGUGUGUGUGCGUGUGCGUGUGUGCGCGCGCUGUAUAGGAGAAAGGAAAUGAUUUAUUUUAAAUAUGACUUUUUUCUAUACGUGUCCAUAGCUGUACUGUCUAAUGAGGAAUAAAAAAGGUGUUUAUAAAAAGCCCCUAGAUCUUUGACCAC